GUUCUUUGCAAGAAGCAUGGUGCAAAUUACCAUUUCUUUAUUUUUCAUUGCGAAUUAAAGGGAGUUUUCGUAAUAACCCAGCUUUUACCUUCCCGCAGCAACGGCAUUGCAAUUUUCCAUUUGCCACCGGAGCUUGUUCCCCUUUCUAACCAUGGCCCACGGAUUCAAAUUCUCCAAUGGUCUCGAUUACUCCCUUCGACAGCUAGUGGAAUAUAACAACGUGGCCUUUGUUGGAUAUCUAAAGGACAUGACGUUUACCCCAGAAAUGUUUGAAUCGUUUCUUGUGCCGCAGCACAUUGUACAUGGCCUGAGCGUUUACAUGCAUACGAAUGAAGGACAAUUUGUCGGAUUCUCACGAACAAGUGUACGAGGAACGCGAGCAUGGGUUUCAGGAGUUGCCAUUGUACCUAAUUUUCGUGGCAAAGGCGCGGGAAAGGUAUUGAUGAAGGAGUACCUGCGAGUGCUGAAGGAAAGCGGUCGGAUCAAGAAGGUGCUUCUAGACGUUUUGGGAGAUAACCCGGUUGCAAAGCGCUUGUACCAGAACUUGGGCUUCAAGGUUAUCACCAGUGUGCACAAGCUUAUGUUUCAUGGCGAGAUGGAUCCACCUCAGCAGAGUCUUGGAUCUAUACGGGCGACCAGCGGUGUUGACAUUCAUCUCCCAUGGCUACACUACGAACUCGAAUACAUGUGGACGAGAGAAUGGUGCGUCGUCAGCAUCAAGGACAAUGCACAGACAGUGAGGUACGAGACGGAAGACGGCCAACUUUCAACUGCCGUUGUGGUCUUCGUUGACGAACCAAGAGAGACCCUAGUAGUGCAUGCAUGUGCCUUCACGAAAGAUACCACUUCCAAUGAUUUGAGAGCCAUCUUCGCUCACUUUUCAAAGAAUCAUCAUAUUACCAAGUUCAUGUUACCAUAUGAACCUGCCGCAUCCAAAGCCAUCAAGCUAUUCGAAGAAUUGGAGUUCAAGGAAACUGACAUGGAGUAUAUUAUGGAGAUAGAUCUUUGAGCAUUUGAUUGUAAUUGCUUGGUUUAUGUUUUAUAUUUUUUUUUCUGCUAAUUCAGGAAGAUAGUAAUCAAAAGAAAAAAAAAACUCUCCUCCCUCAUUCAAAUCUGUGAUACCUUUCAGUGCUGAUCUGUAGAAAACACCAAAUUAUGCAAAGACUUCCUCCCUGGGGUUCACUUGAAAUGCAGACAGAACAUAAGAACACUUUAUCCUUUUAGCUCACGGGCAGCCUCGCCAAACAGUUUUCCAGCGUGCUUGAGGUCUUCAUCGG